AUGCAGACUGCUUCUACAAACAUUUGUGAAAGACUGUGUAAUAAGUCCAUCCGUGAAAUUUCCUUGCUACUAAAUAUUCCACAGUCAACUGUUAGUGGUAUUAUAACAAAGUGGAAGCAACUGGGAAAAACAGCAACUCAGCCACGUAAAAUGACAGAGUGGGGGUCAGCAUAUGCUGAAGUGCACAGUGCACAGAAAUUACCAACUGUCUGCAGAGUCAAUAGUUAAAGACCUCCAAACUUCGUGUGGCCUUCAGAUACCACAACAGUGCAUAGAGAGCUUCAUGGAAUGGGUUUCCAUGACCGAGCAGCUGCAUACAAG